GCGGAACGACACCUCACUCUUUGGUGUUUUUUUGCUAACAGGCAUCAUCAAUGUCUUGUAACUUUCGCUGCUGUAUACCAUGGAUGUCUUCAGGUCCAUAAUCAAAUUUUGAUCUGGAGAAGUGUCUUCUUCACCACACCCUCCAUGCCCUGCCGCCAGCUGCACGAGCCCAUGCUAUCGAUCGAUAGUGAUGAAAGACCAUAGCAAGAACUUCCUUCUCCUCAUACCUUGACUUUUCGUUCCUCAAUAUGUCUCACCAGUUAUAUGUCUUUGGCAGUAACGGCGAAGGCCAACUCGGCACACCAGCUGCAGAGAUUGUCAGCACCCCGAUUCUGAUCUCCGACCCGCCUCCACUUGCAGGUCUGCGCGCAAUUCGGGGCGGAGACAACCACACUCUGUUCCUAACCGAGGAAGGGAUCGUGUAUGGCGUCGGAGACAAUCGCAAAGGACAGCUAUCUUCUCAGCUAGGGAACGCACCACGUCUUGAAACAUUUAAGGAUCUAAACCAUCGUGCAUCUCUCAGCGCUGCCACUUGCGAAUCUUCAGCAUACAUUCUUGCUGACAAGGCAUCUUCACGGAGCUGGAUUCAUACCGAAGGCUCUGGGCAGUGGGGAGAGCUAGGACGUGGGGACGAAAUCAUGAAUACAAUUGCGGUCAGCGGCGAACGAGCACCUCUCGUCGACCCGUUGCCCGGCGCUGCGGUCGACUUUGCAGCUGGUGCGUGGCAUUAUGUAGCUAUCCUCGAAGACGGAACCGUCUAUAGCUGGGGCAAAGCUCGCUUAGGCCAGUUGGGUGAGCAAUCUUCCAACAAAGUCACAGUCCCCACCAAGAUCGAGGGCAUACCGUUCAAGCCUGUAAAGGUUAUAUGCGGCAAGGAUUUCUCGUAUUUUGUCGGCGACUCAUCAAUUGGUGAGCAUAUCUUGCUUGGGAAAGAUAAAUUCAACGUUGAUUCUGGCAAACCGCAAAACGUCAAAGGCUGGAAAGACAUGGGAGCCACCUGGCACGCCAUCUUCGUCCUUUUCGACGACGGAAAACUUGCUGCUUGGGGUAAGGAGAACAUGUGGGAGCUCCUACCGACAGGACUACCGCUUCUCGAGAAGAUCGCAGUGGGUUCCGAUCAUGUCCUGGCGGUUACGAAAGAGGGCAAGCUGAUAUCGUGGGGCUGGGGCAAACAUGGCAACUGCGGGGACUUGUCAAAGAUUAAACAUGAGGUCAAGAAUCAUAUGGUCAGCGGAUUCUGGAACGAGAUCAGUAUUCCGGGAGAGAUUGAUGCUAUUGGGGCUGGCUUCUGUACGAGUUUCGUCGUCACGAAAUGAGUUAGGUUACAUUAUGCUAGAUAUACGAGGCCGGCUUCAAGCUAAGCAACGCUUUCAUGCACAUCGACUAAUCAUCCUCCUCUCUGCCAAUCAACUGGUAGCGGUCGUACUCCCGCGCAUUGGUGACAACGCCAUCGACCUCCCACUCCACCUUGUACUGGCGCCAAUACCGGUAGUUCCAAACCUCCCACUUCAGCAGGAACCACGCCAGUCCACGCCCGACGUACAGGGCGAACUUUGCGUCCGUCGAGUCGAUGCCAAGGCUGUUCUGUUCAGCCUCAAACUUGUCAAAUUGCA